GCCAUAUUUCUGGCCGCCGCAAUGUUCGUUUCGUGUCGCGUUAGUGAAUCAAUCAAUCCGUAAAUGCCGUAAACCUCUACGAGUUUGAUACCACGUCCGAACGGACAGCAGCCCUUAAAAAGUCAACGACAUGUGCUAACUAGCAAACUGUACGCUAGUCUGAGAAAGGGUUUUAAAAAUGCAAAACUGGAACCAAUGGCAGUUACCACCAAGUACCGUCACAACUUCAAUGCCUCAACCACCAGUGGGUUACAGUACCCCUGGGACGGACCCCAUGGCAAUUAUGCAGGCUUACAUGCAAUACUACAGUCAACCAGCACCCAGUGGAUAUACUCAGGAGCAGUGGGCUACGGCUCAACAGCAAAACUGGACUCAGUGGCAACAGUGGCAACAACAAUUUCAACAAUGGCAAGCUCAGUACGGGGAGAAGUACCAUGAGACAAUGAAGCAGUUUUCCGCUCAGAAUAUGCCAAACGUAGCCAGUCAGGCACCGCCGUUGCCCAAUGUACAACCCCCGCCCUUACCGAAAGACGAUGCCGUCAAGCCCCCCUUACCCCCCGAUAAUAUGUACAAGUACUCGAGUAUGCCUCCGCCACAUCAGAACGAUCUUCCGCUAUUUCCCUCGAAGCAACCGGGAACCGGUGGGGCACCGCUUCCGCCGAACUACACCCCGAAUCCGCCGCCACCGCCGAAGCAACCACCGUUGCCUGCUGAUAAUCGCCAACCCUCGAGCAACGAGGUAGUGUUAGGGGAGAAACGAGCAGCCGGCUCGGCCUCCGAGUCGGCCAGUGCUAAGAAAUGUAAAAUCGACGACGAAGAGCUGACCGAGGCGGAGAAGACCUUCGACGCCCAGUUUAAACAGUGGGAAGAACAGUUUAACAAGUGGAAGCAGCAGAACGCGAACCACCCGGACAAGACGCAGUACAAGCAGUACGAGGCCAAGUGGACGUCCUGGCGCGAGAAGCUGAUCGAGCGAAGGGAACAGAUGCGCCGGAAACGAGAGCAACAGAAGCAGGCGGCCGCAAGGGCGGAGGCCGAGAAGAACAAGAACCUGCCAGGUGGCGACAAGAUUCUGAAUAUCCUAUCCAGCACCGAGAACCAGGGCCUGCUCAACAACCUCCUGGGGAUCGGGAAGACCCUCGGACUGACCGGGAAGCAGGAUAUCUCCGUGGCUCCUCCACCACCACCGGACACUACCACUGUCACCGGACACUCUUCUUCGAUGUCGACCACCUCUACAGCGCAGAUGACCUCGAUACCGGCCCAGCCGAUGAUCUCGCAGGUUCCGACCAUGUCCACCAGGUCUGUGGUCCACGACGUCGGCCAGACCUGGGGUGCCCAGCCCUGGAACGUUCCCUACAACGCCGGAAUGACGAUGAAUAAUUUUGCACCCUUCCAGCAGAUGACCUCCAUGCCUCCACCGCCGAUCUCCAUGUCGCAGACUCAGUUGUCACAGCUGAGUCCACUGCCCCCGACGAACUUCUCCCAGCCCCCGCCAAAUAUGUCCACCGCCCCGCCCAGCAUGUCCGGCAUGCCGAACGUAUCCACCAUGCCGCCUAAUAUGUCUACCAUGCCCCCGAACAUGGCCAUGCCCAACAUGGCGAACCCUCCGCCCUCGGGCAUGUCGAACCCACCGCCGAACAUGGCCAACCCGCCGCCGAACUUCUCCCAGCCGCCUCCAGGAUUCGGGGGGUCCGAUAUGAGCAAGAACAAGGCGCAGAACUCGGCGACUAGACCGCCUCCUGGAGAUGGUAACUACGGCAUGAACAAGGAGUCGUUUCAUGGAGCAGAUGGACGGUUUGGACAGGGAGAGAGAUCGGGACCUGGCAAUCAGUUCGCACCUGGGAGUGAUAACUAUGGGAGAGGAGGGCAAGCGGGGAACUUCGGGCCCGAUGAUCGAGGUGGCCCCAGGAGUCAGUUUGGUCCUGGGAACGAACAGUUCGGCAGGGAUCAGGGCAGAGAUUUCGGACCCAGUGAACGGUUCAGGCAGAGCGAUGGCUUUGAACGGCAGUCCAGGAACGAGCAAUUCAACCGGGAUGAAUCUUUUGCGCCGGGGAAUAAGGCCGAUUUUGGGAACAAUCAGUUUGGAAGGGACGGAAAUCGCGGUGGUCAAGAUAAAGAUAACUUCAAUCCGAGCGAGCGAUUUGGAAGUGGAAGUGGCCCAGGAUUUCCGGCGAAAGAUCAGUCCGGGCCUGGGAACGAUCGUUUUGGGCCCAAUGAUCGCUUUGGGUCGGGUGAUCGUUUCGGGCCCAACGAUAAGUUCAACCAGCCCAACGAGCGCUUCGGCUCGGACAAUGAUCGGUUUGGUCAGGGUGAUGAGAAUGCCGGUCAGGAUAACUUCGGUUCUGGGAGUCGAUUUGGAAACAGUGGUGAUCGAUUCGGCCCUGGAAGCGAUCGCUUUGGGCAGGGUGGUGAUCGAUUCGGUCCUGGAAGCGAUCGUUUUGGGUCCGGCGGUAACUUCGGCCCUGGGAGUGAAAAUGACGAUCGCUUCGGAUCCGGCAGAUUCGAGAAGGGUAAUUCGGAUCGCUUCGAUUCCGGAGACGCCAGGAGAGGAAAUUUUGGGAACAGCUCCAGAGGGUUCGGCAGAGGCCAGUUCGACUUCUCCGACGAGGUGGCGCCGGAGCUGAAGAAGCUGAUGGAGAAACGCAGGACGGCGAUGGAUGCUUUUAAACCCAGGGGGAGUUUCCUCAGCUCGGACCCCAAGUUGGAUGUUGGAUCGCUUAGCGAAAGCUUCAAGAAAAUUACCGGGGACUCGCCGUUUCUAUCGCGCCCGUCCAACGAGAGCUCGACGUCGAGGGGUCCCGAGAACUUUGGCUCUCGGGGACCAGGGUUCGGCGCCGAGUUUGGGCCCCGCGGUGCGAGUAACUUUGGGCCCCGUGGGCCUCCUGACUUUGGGCCGCGAGGACCAAAUUUUGGGCCACGAGGACCCAGCGAUUUCAGACCCCGAGGGCCCGGGGACUUUAGUCCACGUGGGCCCAGUGAUUUUGGUCCCCGUGGACCCGGCGAUUUUGGGCCUCGUGGCCCCAGCGAUUUUGGGCCUCGCGGGCCCGGCGACUUCGGGCCCCGAGGACCACCUGAUUUUGGGCCUCGGGGACCCAACCACUUCUCACCGCGAGGGCCUGGGAAUUUCGGACCUCGUGGACCCAGUGAUUUUGGGCCCCACGGUCCUGGGGACUCGGGCCCUCUCGCUGCUUCUGGGCCUGCCAACCCCGAAACGGUUGGCCCCGAACAAAUCCCCUCGUGUAACAGUGCUCAAGAGGAGAUCUCUAUGCGACAACCAGGUGACCCUAAUCAACGCCCAUUGGAGGAGGCUAAAAUGCCUACCGAGGCAUUCUUGGAAGGGCCUCAGGGCCCCGGUGAAACCAAUAUGGAGGCGCAAGGGAAUAUCGAAACCGGAGCCGCACGCGAUAACGAAAAACGUGGACAAGCUUCGGGCAUUGCUCAGAGAGAAGGUAUCGACUUUGCGAGGGAUAUCAAUCUGGACGAAGACCCGAACAGUGUGCAAAAUCACGUCCCUCCGUUAGAGAUGCCUCCGUGGAUGGAUCCCCAGUUUCCAGAAAUUCCGCAGGUCAAACCGAUCGAGGGGCCCAAUCAGGGGCCAGGUGAGGCGUUGGAAAAGCAAUCGGGCCCGCAGGGAAAUUCUGAGAAAACUGACGGUUCUAGUGGGACGGCUAAUCUGGAUGUAAAAGUGGAUGCACCGAAUGAGAAGUCGGACGCAUUGCCGUUCAUGGGGGAGAACGAUCCGAAACCCGAAGACCUGAAUAUGGAGCCCCCACCGGAUCUACCGAAUUUGGGUCCCAUGGUUAGCGGGCCCAAUGAACCCCCUUUCCAAAAUUCUGAACUCGGCAAGGGUGAGAGUCCGUUCAAGGAAAGAGACCCUGACCAACAAAGGGAAGACGGACGUCAGCUCGAAGAAUUUAAUUCCGGGCCCAGAGACAUGCAAUUCAGGCCCAUGGGGCCCACGGGCCCCAGAGGACCCCUCGAUGGAAGGUUCCCUCCUUUUGGACCUCGCGGGCCCAACGAUGGGCCGUUCGGCAGUGCGCGUUUCGGUUUUCCGGGACCCAAUGAAGGACCUUUUGGGCCCCGGGGCCCUAACGAUAGGUUGUUCGGCCCGAGAGGCCCUCAAGAUGGGUCCUUCGGGAGUCGGGGGCCCAACGAUGGACCGUUUGGGAGCAGAGGCCCAAGAAAUGGACCUUUCGGUCCUCGAGGUUUUAACGAUGGACCAUUUGGAACACGGGGACCUGGGGACCGAUUCGGGCUCAGGGGUCCCAAUGACGGGUCUUUUCGCUUCAAGAGUCCUGAUGUUUCAUUUGGCUCGCGGGGUCCUAACAGUGGGCCGUUCGGCUCGCGAGGACCAAACGACAGACCUUUCGCGCCGCAUUUUGGUCCCCGGGGCCCAAACGACGAACCUUUUGGUCACCGAGGUCCCGAAGAUGAACCAUUCGGCCCACGUGGACCCAUAGACAGACCCGACUCACAGAAACUGAGAGAACCUUUUGAAGGAGGCCCCGACGUUGGGCCACGGGAUCCCAAUGCCUCGCAGGGCCCAAAUAAUAGGCCUCAGGGUCCGGCUGCAGAUUCCGUGAACAUUUUGCGCGAUCCUGAACAUGGAAAAGGCGUUUCGCAAGAUGGUAACGCCGAGAUAGAGCUUCGAGAUAAUAGCGACGGCGCACUAGAUGGGCCGCAUGUGCCAAGAGGCCCCAACGAUGGGCCCCCCGGACCCAGAGGUUCCAGAGAUGCAUCACCCAUGGUACGCGGUCCCAACGACGAAGCUCCUGGACCUCGAGAUCCCGGUGACGGGCCUUUCACACCUAGAGGUCCCUCGGAUGGAUCUCCGGGACUUCGGGGCCCUACCGACGGGCCCUUCGCCUUUAGGGGGUCCAACGGCCCGUUUGCACCCCGAGGUCUCAACGACGCGCCGUUUGCACCUCGCGACUCGAAGGAUCCGCUUCUUCGAGGUCCUACCGAGGGGCCCUUCGGGCCCAGAGGAUUUAACGAGGGCCCGUUCAACAGAGGCGACGGACCGUUUGGCCUUCGAAGUUUCAAGGACGCCCCAUUCGGCCCACGAGGAAGCGACUUCGGGCCCCGGGGAUCGUUCCGCGUUCCCUUUGGACCCCAAGGGCCCAGAGACGGGGGUCCCUUCGGUCCCCGAGGAGGCCCAAUGGGCCAGUUUGGACCCAGGCCUCCCUUCGGUCUCAGAUCACCCAUAGGUGAGGAGUUCCGUCCGAGAGGGCCCCCCGACGGCGACAUUGGGCCCAAAACCUCCAACGAGGGCCCUCCGCAAUCCGGCAUUCCUUCUCUGAUGGGCCUGAAAUUCGAUGUCCCCGGCAGCAUGGACCAAGGUAAAGAGUUCGAUCCGGGGAAAUCAACCGACAGGACCUCCUCUCCGGUCAGGUCGCCAUUUGCGCCUGAUGGGCCCGACCGCCGACCCGGGGGCCCUGGUCCAGGGGGACCGUUCGACCAAAGACAACAGCCCUUCGGCCCCGGGGGCACCGAAUGGAGGAAAUCCCUGCCACACAACAAAUUCGGGGACUCCGACCAGCGGCAGAAUUUUGACCCCAUCGGGCCAGGGGAAGGGGACCUACAUCCACCACCCGUUCAAGACGUUGGCCGAGUCCCUUUUGGGGAGAAUCGCUCCUCUUUGUCCGGUCCAAUCGAUGAUAGGCUGGGGCCCCCCAAGGACAGGCCCAGAUUCGGGGGCCCUAUGUCCGGUCCCUUCACCAGGCGCAACGGAAACGUCCAUCCUGGCUUCAGGCGACCUCCCAUCCACGAGUUCUGCAUCGAGAAGCAGUUCAACUACAACCAUGGCGGCACUGCAUCCGAGUGCAUGGACGACGAACAUGUUCCGACCAAGGUGAUCGACUAUGCUCACGUUCCCAAGACGACGGUCCAGGAUUACGCGACUCCUGCACAAUGCUUCGACUAUGGCCAUGGGAACCUGAAGCCGGUGGUCCCGGAACACGAGGUCAGUCCCCAGCAAGACUUCAGGAACUGGGAGGAGACCGAGCAGAACCUGAAGGAGUACUCGGAGAAGAUGAGGACGUACGAACGGACCCUCAGGCAGAAGGGCCUCUCCAGGGUGGCGGAGAGGAAAGAUACCAGGUCCAGGGAGAGGGACAGAGACGAUAGACCUAGAAGAGAGGUCGACGACAGGGAGUACAGGGACAGAGAUCAUGCGAGGGAGGCGAGGAUGAGGGAGUACGACAGAGAAAGGGCCCGGGAGAAGGAGAGAGAUAAGGAGCGGGAGAGAGACCGUGAUAAGGAUCGAGAUAGGGAGAGGGAAAGGGACCGAGAGAGGGACAGGGACAAGAGCGACAGAGACCGCGACAGGGAGAGAGAAAAGGAGCGCGACAGGGAGAGGGACAAGGACCGCGAUAAGGACGACAGAAGCAACGGCAAAGAGAGAGGCCGGGAUAGAUCCGAGAGGAGUCGCAAGGACGCCGGUAAAGAUUCUUCCAAAGAGGACGAAAGAUCUAAAGGAAACAUUAGCUGGCAGGACGGCCCACCGAAGAACGUCGUCGAGGCGCCGUCUCAGGACACCAGUGGGUUGGCGAGCAAGAAGGAUGCACCCCCGGAACCACCGAAAACCCUGGAGCUCCCGAAGACGCCAAAUUGCACGAUGGUCGACGACCUAUUGUGCCCACCGGGUCGUCAGAACAGGCCUCCGAAGAUUGUCAUCAUCCUGAGGGGCCCACCGGGUAGUGGGAAGUCAUUCGUCGCGAAAUUGAUCAAGGACAAAGAGGUCGAACAAGGCGGCUCCGCUCCGAGGAUUCUCAGCCUGGACGACUACUUCUUGGCGGAGAAGGAAGUCGAGACGAAGGAUGACAAUGGGAAGAAGGUCGUGGUGAAGGAAAUGGUGUACGAGUACGAGGAAGCCAUGGAGCAGAGUUACCUUACCUCGCUCACGAAGGCGUUCAAGAAAAAUAUCACCGACGGGUUCUUCAACUUUAUCAUCCUUGACAGUAUUAACGAGAAGAUAUCGGAUUACGAGGAGCUCUGGAGCUUCGCGAAAACGAAAGGGUUCAGGGUAUACGUCUGUGAGAUGGAGAUGGACGUUCAGAUUUGCCUCAAAAGGAAUGUCCACAACCGCUCGGAGGACGAGAUCAACAGGAUAGUGGAUUAUUUCGAGCCGACGCCGAGUUAUCACCAAACUCUGGACGUUAAUUCCAUGUUACAAGAGCAAGCCAUCGAGGAGGUCGACAUGGAGGACACCCAUCAGCCGGAGCCUGAGCUGGAGCAGAAUCCGGUCACUGACGAUGGUCAAGACAGUCAAGACGACAAACAAGAGUCAACGGAACUCAGCAAGUGGGAGAGAAUGGAAACCGAGGAUAAAUUAGACCGACUGGAUGGGUUGGCGAAGAAGAAGAACGACAAGAAACCUCAGACUAUGGAGGACUUCCUCCAGGUGCCCGACUAUUAUGACAUGGAGGACACCUCUGGGAAGAAACGAGUCCGAUGGGCAGACCUUGAAGAGCGGAAGGAGCAGGAGAAGAUGCGCGCCGUUGGCUUCGUAGUUGGUCAUACGAAUUGGGACCGCAUGAUGGAUCCUACCAUGGGUGGAAGCGCGCUCACACGUACUAAGUUUUUUCCAAUGUCCUAGUGACAUGUUAAUAAACACGCGCCAUAGUGCUGGAUGUGAAACGCGAACCUGCCUGCAGGUUCCGAACUCAGUACGCGUGGUGCAAUUAUAAUUGUAGCAUUUAGAGAUUCAGCUUCGAUAUACAAACCGUGUACCGAAUUGUGACUAAGGUUGUGCCCGAUGAAAUGUAAUUAUUGUAUCAUAGUGGAUAACUAACCGAAAUGUCCUGUAAACGGGACCCUUCUACGAUAUGUUUACCGCCGUUCAUGUUUCUUCUAAGGAAAUGAAAAAAGCAAACCGGUGUAUCGUAAUUGCUUCCAGAUAGGCAUACGCUUAGAUUAAUUUCACGCCGAACAGUGCACGUAAGCUCUUGCGAGUCGUUACAAAGAGGAAGUGUCUUAAGGAACGUCACUGUUAUCCACGUCAGAGUUUAUCCCUUAAUAUGGUUAAUACCUUCAUAUUCCUAUUACCUUCCGAAUACGUCACUUUUUCAUCUACGUUCGGUUAAGUUUGAAUGAGAUGCACGACAUUUUGUAACUAGCAGUAGUGACUCAUAUAUUAAAUCGAUGAAACAUGA